ACACACGUCCGGAUCAAUGAGAGAGGGUGCGCGCGCGCGUGCGUGCGCGUCGUCGCUCUUCCCGGAAGAGCUUUUUUACAGUAUUAACGUGCGCGCCGCCGACAUGCCAGGGAAAAGACACGCGCCGAGACAAAAGAAGUUUCUUGUCCACGCCAUGGCGCGACGCGACACAUAAGGAAAGAGGAUACGACGCCACGCGGAAAAGACAACAAAGGACACUUGGAAGUUGAACAUGUCGGAAUCUUCCACGGCGGCGACCAAGCAGGAGAGGCGCUCUUUCAGUCCUUCCGCCAACCCGCUGCCAAACUCCACUUCCUCCCCCGUCCAUGCUCCCGCCGCCAGGCCAGCCAGCCGGAUGGAGGACAAGCCGCCCAGGCUGCCGGCACACCUGCGUCUGCAGCCGGUGCUGUGGGGCCGGGAGGACGUGGCGCAGUGGCUGCGGUGGGCGGAGAAGGAGUUUGCGCUGCGACCCAUCACCAGCGGAUCCUUCCAGAUGAACGGCAAAGCUCUGCUGCUGCUCACCAAGGAGGACUUCCGCUACCGCUCCCCCCACUCCGGCGACGUGUUGUACGAGCUGCUGCAGCACAUCCUGAAGCAGAGGAAGCCCCACGUCUUCUACCCCUCCGGCUAUUUCCCCGGAAACUCCUUCCACCUGCUGCCCGAGAGCAGCACGAUGCACCUCAAGCUCGAAGAGACGGUACGACGGGCGCCAUGCGCGACAGAGCCACUCCCGCAGCAUCCGCCGACCAUCGAGUUGCGACACCGCUCCCGCUCGCCGCACCACCCGGCGCCGCGGCAGUCCCCGCCGGAGCAGAGUCACCCGCGGGCCGGCGCCGAGGACCACCUGCAGUCCUUCUCGCAGCUGCCGGACAGCAACCACCACCUGCCCGAGGACGCGUACCCUCUGGCGCUCUCCCCGCCCGCCCCCAACGGCCGCUGCGCCACCCCCAGAGAGGCCGGCAGCCCGGGCAGCCAGGAGGCGGGCCCUCCUCGUGUCAUCCAGCUCAUGCCCAGCGCCAUCAUGAACCCGCUCUUCCCGGGCGCCGGACGGAGCGCCGGCGCCGUGGACUUCAGGCACGGCCGUGGCGGGCCCCAGGCGGCGCUUGAGAACGGCCGGGAGGGGAAGGUGCACGGCCACCAGAUGACGACGGCCCAGCAGCCGCACCAUCUCUUGCACCACCAGCAGCACCACCACCAGCAGCAGCAACAGGAGGAGGCGCUCUACAGGAACAUCAUCAUGCCCGUGUCGCCCCCGGAGGAGCCGCAGAUUCCACUGGGCCGCAUCGCAGACUGCAGACUACUGUGGGACUAUGUCUACCAGCUCCUGUCAGACAGCCGCUACGAGAACUACAUCCGCUGGGAGGACCCCGAGAGCAAAGUCUUUCGCAUCAUGGACCCCAACGGCCUGGCCAGACUGUGGGGGAACCACAAGAACAGGACCAACAUGACCUACGAGAAGAUGUCCCGAGCACUGAGACACUACUACAAACUCAACAUCAUCAGGAAAGAACCGGGACAGAGACUCCUUUUCAGGUUCAUGAAGACUCCCGACGAGAUCAUGAACGGCCAGACAGAGCGACUGGAGCACUUGGACUCGGACACGGACGAACAGAUCUACAUCAAGGAGGAAUGCUGAGGAACUCUGGGAACUUUCUAGCACUGCAGCCACAGCCGCCGAUGCCUUCUUACAAGCAGCUUCAACAAUCACACACCUUUGCUUUGUCGCCAUCUCUCAAACACGGCCUGGCCUUCACAACACCUUUUUAUUUUUCAACAAACUGCAAAAGCAAACAAAUCACUUUGUGCUUUCAUUUCUCUACAUGCAUUAUAAUUUGUGUGUGUGUGUGUAUGUGUGUGCGUGUGUAUGCGGAGUGAGCUUUUUGUUUAGUUGUGAUUAAACUGUACAUUUGAUUUGAAGAAA